ACGUGUAGAAGACGCUCUCGACUUUGAGCUUAAUCGUGGAUUUAUAAAAUGAUCGCGGUUUAAAAAUAUGGACACACUAAGAGACCGGUUAAAAUAGCUGAUAAAAGUGCGGACGCUACCACCUUUUUUAAAAGUUAAAAUGACAUGUAUGUUUUAACAAAACAUCAAUGCAGUCGAUUCAUUUGAUUAAACUGCAACGAUGUUUUUGGAAAAAGAAACAAACUGAUUAUUCUAAAGACAACAGUGUAUGCAAAGUUUAACCAUAUAUCUGAGUAUAUAUCUUACAGCUAAAUAUAAAAUAUAACAAAGAAAUACUAGUUGGAAGAGUGUAAAUAAAAAAGAAAAAAACAACAACGAGGAUUUAAACACAGCCAAACACUUGACCAAAUCGAAGAUGUGGGAAAUGUUUACUAUUAUAGCAGGGCUGGUACUUGUGACAGCACAAGUCGUUAGGGGUAUGUCCCCAUCAUACAGCACGGACCUGGAGACAGAGCUACGUACAGCCUUGUUUACAGGAUAUGAGGUUCUCCAAAGACCCGCUAAACAGGUCCCAGUGACAGUGUCGAUGAAUCUGAUCACCGUCAAUUCCUUGGACAUCAAGGCACAGACCCUUUCCACAUCCGGUUUCUUUGAAAUUUCGUGGCCUGACGACCGUCUUGUAUGGGGAUCGGAUACCAACUACAGUAAUAUCCCGUUUUUGUUCUCAACCGAAACAUACGCCUGGACACCGAAAGUCGUAAUUGAAAAUAGUGUGAAUGACCUUGAAGUGUUCAGCGACGUGAACACUCUCAUCCGACUGAAUGCCUUGGGUACCGCUAGGUGGACACCAGGGGGCGUGUUCGAAACGAGUUGUGAGGCGGAUAUCACCUACUACCCACUUGAUACGCAGACAUGCAGCAUAGUCUUAACAACAUGGUCGUAUACAUCAAGCGAGAUAUCUCUGUCAUUUGACGAUGACCCAUUCAUUUUGGACAAUUUUAGUGAAAAUGGCGAAUGGGAGUUGAUUGAGACUUCAAACACUUCGGAAUCAGCCGGAAGGUCAAAAUCCGAGUCGUUCACUUAUGACAGACUGUAUUUCACCAUGAAGUUGAGGAGGAGACCCCUCUACCAUAUAUUGAACACGAUCUUUCCAGUGAUUCUCAUGUCCUGUCUGAUCGUGUUCGUGUUCAAACUGCCACCUGAGUCGGGGGAGCGAAUCGGCAUGUCGUUGACAGUUCUUUUGGCCUACGCAGUGUAUUUGACGCUAAUAACAGACAAUAUUCCACAAACAUCGCUUAGCGCCAGUGUUUUGUCCACAUACCUCACAAUUAUUCUGAUGUUGAGCACGCUCUCGGUUAUCUUCACGAUUGUCGUCCUUGACAUUUACUUCAACCAUGACGAUGACGAGGCGCCCACUGAUUGGCUGCAGAAAUUCACAAAAUACUUCUUGGUGAAAAUUACGUGCUGGAAAGGAGGAGCGUGUUGCAGACAAGGGAAAGUAAAACCAUCGAACGUUUCUGAUUCGCGCAUUGCUUUGGUAGAUCUGGACAAAGUAAUCGAUGAUAACAUAGACAGGUAUUCGCCAGGUCGCAAGGUGGCACUGCCAGAAGAUGAUGAUGAUAAUGAUGAAAAGAACAAGAAACCUGAGGAAAGACAUUACUCAUGGAAGGAGGUUGCUCUUAUUCUUGAUCGCUUCUUUAUGUAUUUGUUUGUAUUUUUGGUUGUUACUGUUACCGUGGUUUGUUUGUCGAUUCUCGCUGUUGGUGGACAACAGUAAAUGAACAUGUUAAGGUGUUUGUGGUGAAAAAAAUUAAACUUUUUUUUUGUUAUUAUGCCAACUCUACAUAAUAACUAUUUCUGUUAUACAAUGUAUGUACUUUUGCUACAACAACUGUUUGCAGUGCUUGGUAUCGUUAAUAUAAUCUAUCACGUAAACUCUAUUAAAUAAGGGAUGAUCUAUAACUUGAUAUCUGAAAGGGAGGCAUUUGUUUGCAUGAACUUGCAAUAUAAGUCUUCGUGAUUGUUUACUGGAAUAUUUCAAAAUGCGUGCACCAUUGUGAUAUAUUUCUGAAAGUCAUUUUCUAUUGCUAUUCAAUAUCCUAACGUAGUUUCAACUAACAUUUCAUUCCCCAGUGAUAGCAUGGGUGCAUACUAUUUGUAAUGAAUAAGCAUAGUGGUUUCAAUAGAUUUUCAACCAAUGGCAAACAUCAGCUUUGUUAUUUUACUUAUGAUUUAACACUGAAUAUGCUAUGUACGUUCGUCUUGGGGCUGGGGUAAACAAGUUUACAGUUAAACGAGCUUCAUAGACUAACCGCUAAUUAAACUAGAUUUCAUUAUUAUAUUUUUGACAGACAUUCCUCUUCUUGCUUGCUUCGUUUAUGCCUUCAUAAUGAAAAAUGUUAAGUUCACCCAGCAGUUAAAUUUGUUGAUAACUUAUCUAAUUAAUACCUUCAAGGGAAGCUGAAUUUUAUUUUGUUAAUGUUAUCCGUUUUAUAAACUCUAACGAUAUCAUUUCCGUUGUGAUUCAUAUAUCGUGCUAGUGGACCUAAAUGUACGGCAUGGUGGUUGGUAUUAGAAAUGAGCAAAAAAUGCGCGCUUGAGCGACGUUUUGAAUCUUACGUCAGGUCAUGCAGAACAUAAAAUAACAAGAAUUCAUUAUGAAUCACUGUACCACCGUUUCAUUGGGCUCUUUGAAAUGUGAAAUGAUUAAAGUGGUAUAGUGGAUAAGUUGCCCGUCUCGAUUUCAAGGUUAUGAUUUAAUGCCCCUCAUAGCCUCAGAAAAAGGACAUAAGGACUGGUAUCUAUCCAAGAAACAGACUCUAUGCUGUUUUUUUUUCCUUUCAGCUUUUGUCGAAACCAAGUUAGAUACAAUUUUUCAUUAGCUAACCAAGUUAAAUAAUUUGGCAUUUCUUAAAAUGUAAGCUGACUUGCUAACAAUUUGAUCACCUUUUUACUUGUAUUUGCUAUCACCCACAAUUUUGUUUAGAAAUGAUGAGUACUGCGCACGGACACCAAUAUUUAUUUUCUGUAGUGUUACUACCAUAAAAGCACAUAAACUCAAAUUGUUUUGUACUAUGAUACUUUAUCUGUAAGUUUGUGUGUAGAUUAAUAUCUCAAGUUUAGAAUAAUUAUCUCAUUUAGAUCAAGUUGAAUUUUACAUUAAAUAGAAUGAGAAUGUACAGGAAUAUUUAUAUUUCAUUGAUCAUGUGCUUAUUUUUUAUAAUAGUAAUAAAAGGAAUAAAAGUUA